ACAAGGAUCACAGAAUUCCUGACCUGAUUUCUGGGUAAUUCUCGACAUGUCAUUGUCUAAUGCCGAUGCCGAGCUGGCCAACCCAGAGAUUAAGCCCUCACAUCACCGCAAGGUUGCGCCUGUACCUGCGGAGCGACAAAUAUCCCCUGAAUAUGGAGCAGGAUUCAUCAGCAGAUGGACAUUCAGUUGGAUGGGGGGUUUGAUGUCGACUGGUUUCCGUCGUCCCCUAAAGAUCAAUGACAUUCCACUCCUCAACCCCACAAGAAGCGUACAAAGACACAGCGUUACCUUUGACGCCCACUUCAAGGAGGCCAAGGCCUCGAGCGAUGUCAAGCACCCUCUUUUUACCGCUCUGCACAAGACUUUCGCCCGCGAAUUCUGGAUCGGUGGUUUAUGCCGUCUAUUGGCCGACCUCUUUACAGUUGGAAACCCCUACACGCUUCGUUAUUUGAUCGAAUGGGUUCAGAACAGCUAUUAUGCCCAUCUCCCAGGAAGUACUGUGAAAAAUCCGGGUCUCACAAGAGGUGUCGGAUUGUUGGUCGGCAUUAUCUGCAUGCAGAUCUUGCUUAGCUCAUGCCAAAACCACUUCCUAUACCGCGGAACCAUGGUCGGUGGCCAGGUCCGAGCAGUCUUGACGAAUAAAAUCCAAGAGAAGAGUUUGAGGAUAUCCGAGCGAGCCAGAGCCGGCGGGUCGGCUGAUCUUGCGAUUGGAAGCUCUGAAACCACUCUACAGGAAGUCGACUUGAACGAGAAGCCUGGCGACGCAAAGCCUCCCAAGUCUUCUGAAAAGGGAAAAGAAGCUGAUCCCGAUGCUGGCUGGUCGAAUGGCCGUGUGGUCAACCUCGUGUCCAUGGAUGCUCAUCGCAUUGAUUCAGGUAUCAGCAUGAUCCAUGUCGUGUGGACCUCGCCGCUGAUCAUCUUUAUCUGCAUGGCUCUGCUCAUUGUCAAUCUUCGUCAAUCCGCUCUGGCCGGAUUUGGAGUCCUGAUCGUCUCAAUGUUCUUCCUUGUCGUUGCCGUGAAGGCGCUUUUCGCACGCCGCCAGGUCAUGAACAUAGCGACUGACGUCCGAGUUGGCCUAACCCAAGAAGUUCUCCAGGCUAUUCGUCUGGUAAAGUACUUUAGCUGGGAGGAUAGCUUCGUCGAACGUUUGAUCGAGAUGAGAGCCGACGAGACACGCCAAUUACAAGGAUUCAACCUAAUUCUCAACUUCGUCACCUCUCUUGGGCAGAGUCUGCCUGUGUUGGCCUGCAUGGUCAGCUUCGUGACGUAUGCCUGUAUCUCCACCGGGGGCCUCGAUGUCGCUAUUGUAUUCUCAAGUGUUGCCCUAUUCAGCUCUCUCCUUACACCUACCGCUUUCCUUCCAGCAUGUCUUGGCCAUGCAUCUGACGCAUGGGCCAGUAUGACAAGAAUCGAGGAAUACCUACUCGCAGAGGAAGUUGAAGAGUUGGAUGUCGAUGAGAACAUGAGAGAUGCCGUGAGAAUUGAAAAGGCCGGGUUCACAUGGGAAAAGGGACAGGCAGCCCGAGCCACGGACCUAGAAGAUGAGGCCGAAGAGGAAGAAGACCCGCAAGGCGGCCGGAACUCGCUUGCCGCGUUAAGAGCAAGCAGGAUGUUCCACGAUGGAGAAGUUAACUCUUACAACAACCGCGACUCGUUGUCCGCAUUGAGAGCGAGCAGAAUGUUCCACGAUGUUGACUACGACACUGAAGGAUUUGCGUUGCCUACCUUCGAUUGGGAAGGAGGUCCGAUGGCAGGGCCUUCAUCCAGAUGGGACAGACCAACAUCAUUUAUGCCGCCUUCAUACGGAUUUGAAAGACCGACUUCGUUUUUGAUGCCUUCUUUCUCGCGAGACAGAAGCAAUACAAACACUUCACAGGAAAGGCGUGUUUCGACUUUUAGACCAAGAUCGACUGUGAGACCAAUGUCAAAUUGGUUCCGGCCGGAGUCGACGGUCCGACCUAAAUCGAGUAUCAGGCCUAUGUCAACUUGGUUCACGCGGCCCUCUUCAACAUUGAAGCAUCCACUCGAGCGUGAGGGAUCUGACCAAUUGCCGUCCCUCCGAUGGGAAGAUGGUGCGCGACCCUCUGAAAAGGGGUCGAUGGACCGACGCGCAUCUGGUGCCACGAUAUCGAACCCACCUUCCUAUGAAGAGUCUUCCUCGGCGGUCACCUUGGCAGAAGAGCUUCCUACUCUUGCUCCAUUCUCAAUCCCUUCUAUAUCCCUCAAUAUCCGACGUGGUGAGCUCCUUGCAGUUAUCGGCGGUAUUGGAAGUGGAAAGUCCUCUCUCCUGUCUGCUCUAGCUGGUGACAUGCGCAAGGUACAAGGAAACCUCAAGUUUUACUCGGAUCGGGCCUACUGCCCGCAGACAGCAUGGAUUCAAAAUGCUACAGUCCGGGAUAACAUCCUGUUUGGUGCGCCCUACGAUGCUGCGUGGUACGAUGAAGUAAUCACUGCAUGCCAGCUUCGUCGCGAUCUGCAGAUUCUAUCCAAUGGCGAUGCCACGGAGAUUGGAGAGCGUGGUAUCAAUGUCAGUGGUGGACAGAAACAGAGAAUUAGUUUGGCGCGAGCCAUGUACUCCAAUGCCGAUAUCUUGCUCUUGGAUGAUCCCCUAAGUGCUGUGGAUCCAUACGUCGGACAAGCUAUCUUCGAAAAGGCAAUCCUCGGGGCCCUUGGAAGCAAAACAAGAAUUCUCGCAACCCACCAAGCCCACGUUCUUAGUCGCUGUGACCGCAUUCUAUGGCUGGAUGAUGGAAAGGUCAAGGCUCUGGGUAGCUUUACAAAGCUGAAGAAGAAGUACCCCGACUUUGCUGCUUUAGUUAAAGAGGCGGAAGGAAACCGGGAGAAGGCAACAAAGGAAGAUGCCGAGAAAGAUGCCAGCAAGCCCGAGGAAGAGACUACUACUACGGUGAGCAAGCUGGCUGGAGACGACAGCGUGCCCGAGCUCAUGCAAAGCGAGGACGAUGUCGACGGUGGCAUCUCUUGGGCUGUCUACACAUCUUAUCUCGCCUGCUCUCGAAGCCCCAUCGCUAUUAUACUAGCCAUUCCGCUCCUUUGUCUCGCCCAAGGAAGCGCACUCCUCUGUGGUAUGUGGCUCGCCUGGUGGGCAUCUGACAGAUUCGGCUUCGAAAACAACACCUACAUCGGUAUCUAUGUCGCCUUGGGUAUUUGCCAAGCUCUUUGUCUCUACCUCUUUGGUCUUUGCAUUUCAAUCCUCUGCACCAGUGCGAGCAACGUCAUGCUUGAUAAAGCGACCGAAAAGAUUAUGCGUGCACCAGUGUGGUUCUUCGAUACCACGCCGCUUGGACGUAUUGUCAACAGAUUUUCCAAGGAUGUGUAUGUGAUGGAUGAUGCCCUACCAGAAUCGCUGAGAUUAUUCAUGGUCGGAACUGCUAUGGUCUUGGGAAUUCUUUCACUUAUUGUGUCUGAGUUCCACUGGUUUGGUAUUGCCCUUGUCCCCUGCACUGCCAUAUUCUUUUUCUCUGCGUUCUAUUACCGUGCCUCUGCGCGUGAGCUUAAGCGUCACGAGUCUGUCUUGCGUGGCGUUGUUCUAGCCCGCUUCUCCGAGACCCUGUCCGGUGUGACCACAAUCCGCACAUACUCUAUGCAAAAGCAAUUCUCCAAAUCAAUGCAGCAUGCAAUCGACGACAUGAACAGUGCCAAUUUCUUGACAUCUGCUAACCAGCGAUGGUUGGGAAUCCGGUUGGAUUUUGUUGGCGUUCUAUUGAUCGUUGCAGCUGGAGUGUUGGUUGUAAUCCAGCGAUCUACUCAGAACCCUGCAAUUUCCGGUGUCGUGCUGAGCUACUCCCUCGGUGCUGCGCAGGUCCUACAAUUCAUCAUUCGUCAAUGGGCCAACGUGGAGAAUGCUAUGAAUGCCACUGAGCGGAUUCACGCUUACGGACCCGGUAACAGUCUUCCCGUCGAAGGCAACAACGGUACUACACCUGUACCCGCUCCAGAAUCCUGGCCUGAGCAAGGAGGCAUCACUUUCGGAGACGUGCACAUGCGUUACCGCGAAGGUCUUCCCAAUGUUCUUCGCGGCUUAACCCUUUCUAUCAAGCCCGGUGAGCACGUCGCUAUCGUGGGACGUACAGGUGCCGGAAAGUCUUCCCUCAUUGGUGCACUAUUCCGGACAUGUGAGCUCUCCGGGGGCUGCAUCACCAUCGACGGCGUUGACAUCUCAACACUGCCACUGAAAGAUCUCCGCUCUCGCUUAUCUAUCCAGCCUCAAGACUCGAUCCUGUUCCGUGGUACCGUCCGCACCAAUCUCGACCCAUUGAAUAAGCACACCGACGAAGAACUCUGGCUCGCCCUGCGCGGUGCAUGGCUAGCUGAAACCGUUCAACUGGACGAUGUCGUUGAAGAAGAAGGAAGCAACUUCUCCCACGGCCAACGUCAACAACUGGGUCUAGCACGUCUUCUUGUCCGAAACAGCAAGGUUGUCGUGUGUGAUGAGGCAACCUCAAGUGUGGACCUGGAGACAGACGAAAAGAUCCAGCGAACUAUGGUCGAAGCAUUCAAGGGAAAGACUGUGAUCACGGUGGCGCACCGUAUUCGAACAAUUAUCAAUUAUGACCGAGUGUGUGUUAUGGACAAGGGAGCUAUUUUGGAGCUGGGGACGCCGAGUGAGCUCUGGGACUUGGGAGGUGUGUUUAGGGGAAUGUGUGAGACAAGUGGAAUUGCCGAAGAAGAGCUGCAGCGAUUUAUUUGA